AUGUCUUUCCAAUCACCCCCUGGGCGCCCGGGGAACCUGACUCCUGAGCAAGAGGAGAAGCUUCGCAAGCUAUGGACUGCUGUCUUCCAACUCACUGGCGUGGCCGAUGACGAGAGCGCUGGUGCCAACCUCUUGCCCCAAAAAGAGGAGGCGAGUCCAGCAGAGGCUGAUCCGAAGAAGAAGCGAGGAUUUGGCAUGUUCAAGAAAGGCAAAUCUGGUACUUCGACACCAACUGAAGGUUCCGCUGAAGAGGACAAGUACAAUGAAACCAAACAAUUCCAUGAGACUUUGGCCAACGAGUCCCCUGAAACAAUUCGACACACGAUAUGGUCUAUGGUGAAGCACGAUCACCCUGAUGCCCUUGUUCUACGCUUUCUCAGAGCACGAAAGUGGGAUGUCGAGAAGGCUCUCGUCAUGUUGGUAUCCACUAUGCAUUGGAGGCAUAACGACAUGAAGGUGGACUCUGAAAUCAUGAAGAACGGAGAUGCCUUUGCGGUUGAGGAUGAGAAGACCGACUCUCCUACUAAGCAAGUUAGCGCCGACAUGAUGAAGCAACUCCGAAUGGGUAAGAGUUUCCUGCACGGCACUGACAAGCAAGGCCGACCUAUCUGUGUUGUCCGGGUUCGCCUGCACAAGGCUGGGCAAGAGUGCGAAGAAAGCUUGGAAAAGUACACAGUCUACAUUAUUGAGACAGCUCGGAUGACACUCCAACCUCCUGUUGAUACAGCUUGCAUCGUUUUCGACAUGACUGGCUUCUCUAUGGCCAACAUGGACUACACACCUGUUAAGUUCAUGAUUAAGUGCUUCGAGGCCAACUAUCCCGAGUCUCUAGGUGCUGUCCUGGUGCACAAAGCCCCCUGGCUUUUCCAAGGUAUCUGGAAGGUCAUCCGUGGCUGGCUUGACCCUGUGGUGGCAGCCAAGGUUCACUUCACUAACAACCGGGCCGAACUCGAGGAGUUCAUCGCUCCAGACCAUCUGAUCAAGGAGCUUGAAGGCGAUGAGAACUGGGAGUACAAGUACAUCGAGCCUAUUGCUGGCGAAAAUGACAAGAUGAAGGAUACGCAAACCCGGGAUCGUCUUUUGACUGACCGUGAAGAGUUGGUCAAGAAAUUCGAGCAUACAACUAGGGAAUGGAUCCGUCAUCCUGAUGGUGAGCAGGGCAAACAACUCAAGGCUGAGCGAGAGAAGAUUGCCAAACUUCUCAGGGAGGAUUACUGGAAUCUCGACCCAUACAUCCGAGCACGAACACUCUACGACAGACAGGGUGCGAUACAGAGCGAUGGCAAGACUGACUGGUACUCGCUCAAGCCACUGGCUGCUGCGGGAGCCAGCACUUCUGCUGAUGACCUAGACUAG